UCGAGGCAGACCUUAAAAAGCAUUGAAACCCUCUUCCCUGAAAAAACAACAACAAUAAGGAAAAACCCAACUGGAUUUGAUGAUGUUUCUUCGUCAAAUCCUUUUGGGUUAACUUCUAAAAACCAUAAUGUCAAUCAUAUCUCAUUAUCCGUUUUGUAUCUUCGAUUGAAGCUUUUGUGAACGAAGAUUUUGGUCCCCUGCUGAUCGAAUGAGAAAUUCGUCCAGCACGGGAUCUUGUUUAUGCUUUUUCUUUGGGUUUAUUUGGGUUUUCGUUUGAUCUGUGUCUUUCUUCCUUUAGCCCCCACCUCCUUCAAAUUCUGCCCUCCUCAAGGAUUCAUGCGAUGGAUUGGCUUAGCAAAAUUUGGAAGGGGUCUAAUCCUAGGGAAGAUACUUCAGAGGUAGAAUAUGAUGGGGAUGAGAGAUAUGUAGAAACAUUUGGAGUUGGGGCAUCUAGUUCAGGGGAUGCUUGGGAGGAUAAUGAAGACAUAGAUAGGGCCAUUGCAUUGUCACUUUCCGAAGAGGAUCACAAGAGAGAACAUAUCAUUGAUAAUGAAUAUCAACUGGAGGAUGAACAACUUGCUAAAGCAAUACAAGAAAGCUUGAAUAUUGGGUCUCCACCUCGAUAUGGAAAUGAACAUAUUUAUCAGCCUAUGCCUCUUCAUUCAGUAGGAUUCAGGAUUUGUACUGGCUGCAACAGAGAGAUAGGACAUGGAAGGUUCUUGAAUUGCAUAGGUGGAAUUUGGCAUCCAGAAUGCUUUAGAUGUCAUCGUUGCAACUUCCCAAUUUCAGAUUAUGAGUUUUCUAUAUCAGGGGGAUAUCCAUACCAUAAAUCUUGCUACAAGGAACAUUACCACCCAAAGUGCGAUGUUUGUAAACAAUUUAUUCCAACGAAUGGUGGAGGUCUUAUAGAAUACAGGGCUCACCCAUUCUGGGUCCAAAAAUACUGCCCCAUUCAUGAGCAUCAUGAUGGAACACCUCGGUGCUGUAGCUGUGAGCGAAUGGAGCCACAGGACACUACAUAUGUUGAUCUUGAUGAUGGACGAAAGAUUUGUCUGGAGUGUCUUGAUUCAGUGAUCAUGGACACGAAUCAAUGUCAACCUCUCUACAUUGAUAUUCAAGAAUUUUACGAAAGCUUGGAUAUGAAAGUGGAGCAGCAGGUUCCUUUGCUUUUAGUUGAAAGACCAGCAUUAAAUGAAGCCAUGGAUGGUGAAAAGCAUGGCCAUCAUCACAUGCCUGAGACCAGAGGUCUCUGCCUUUCCGAGGAACAAACUGUUAGCACUAUUCUGAGACGACCCAAGAUUGGAGUAGGAAACAGAGUAAUGGGUAUGAUAACAGAGCCCUAUAAACUCACACGUCGUUGUGAGGUUACAGCCAUUCUAGUCUUGUAUGGCCUUCCAAGGUUGCUGACUGGCUCAAUCUUGGCUCAUGAGAUGAUGCAUGCUUGGUUACGACUUAAAGGCUUCCGAACUUUAAGUGAAGAUGUUGAAGAAGGCAUCUGUCAGGUGCUAGCUCACACAUGGUUGCAAUCUCAGCUAACGUCGAUAUCAUCCUCGUCAUCUUCUUCAUCUAACCAGGGAUCCAGAUCCCCCUUUGAGAAGAAGCUUGGUGAGUUUUUCAAGCAUCAAAUUGAAGUGGACACAUCUCUGAUCUAUGGAAACGGAUUCAGACUCGGAAAUCAGGCAGUUCUAAAAUAUGGCCUUCGCACUACACUCGACCAUAUUUGGAUGACAGGAAGCUUCCCUUAUUAAUCUUCGAGAUUGAACAGGUUUUAUUCUUUUGUAGAAUAGGCAAUGAUGACCAACUGGUACACAAUUUUUAGGAAGGGAGGCAGUUAUUGCAAUGGUUUUUAUUUAUAUACAUUGUACAUUGUAGCUCAUUCAACACUUGAACGGAACCAUUAAUAAAAAGAA